CAGCCGUGUCGAUACAAACGGUCUACACAACAAAGAGAGGAGUGUCCAGAUUAAACACUUCCGUAUGAAAAGUAGGUGAAGCGAGACAUCAGCAGGAGAAACAUCGCCUCAACAACCUUUUAAAAACUAAAUGGAUAAGGAUCUCAGGAUAAUACUUCUUGGUCACUGUGGUGUUGGGAAAAGUGCAACAGCCAAUGUAAUAUUAGGAAAAGAGAUUUUCAAAGAAAAUGAAACUAUGCAGUGUGAGAUACAGAGAGCAAGAGUGUAUGGAAGAAACAUCUCAGUGAUUGACACUCCAGGAAUCAAAAGCAAUUCCCUCACUACAGAAGAGUGGAGGACAGAACUGAAGAAGAGCUUGUUGCUUUCCUCUCCUGGUCCUCAUGUGUUCCUGCUGGUGACUAAAUUGGGCAAAUUCUCAGAAGAAGACAGAAAUUGGAUCAGUGAAACCUUUGGAGAAGCAGCUCUGAAGUUCUGCAUGAUACUGUUCAUAGGAAAAGAAGAAAUGACUAACAGACAGUUAGUGACAUUUACUGAAGAUGCCAGGACCAAGGAUUUGAUCAGCGGCUGUGGAGGGAGAUAUAGUGUGAUAAACAGUAAGAGAGAAGGUAAUCCUAUUCAGAUCAUUAAACUGCUGCAGGAGAUGGAGGUCAUGGUCCAACAAAAUGGAGAUGGGUUCUACACUCUAGAGAUGUACGAAGCAGUUGCUAAAAUGAGAACAACAAAAGUGACAGAGAAGACAGAGAAAAUGAUAAAGGGACAUGAGGGCAAACCAAAUCCAAACCUAGACAGGUGUCUGGAGGUGCAGAGAAAGAAUACAGCGACUGGGGUUAAUGUCAAACGUGGAAAUGUGACACUUCCUAUGAAACAUGAAGAGUCAGUGAAGUCACUUCCUGAGAGAAAGAGAGAGGUGGAAGUUAAGUUUCUGAAAGAAGAUCUCAGGAGACAGGAGGAGACAUGGAGAUCGACGCAAAAGAAAAAAUGGGAGGAGGAAAGAGCAGCUACAGGGGGUUUAACAUCUGAUCCAGUGUGUGAUGUGAGGAUUGUGCUACUAGGAGGUAUUGGAUCAGGAAAAAGCUCAUCGGGAAACACCAUCCUGGGCAGAGAGGCAUUUGGGAAGAACAUCAUAAAAGUUACCACAAUGGGCAAGAGGCAGGAUGGAAUGGUGGGAAACAAAUCCAUCACUGUGGUCGAUACUAAGGGUUACGAUAAAGGGUUAGGGUUUUUGGAGUACUGUGAGGAGUUGGAGCAAUGUCUUUCCUUGUGUAGACCUGGUCCACAUGUGUUUGUACUUGUUGUACCUUCUCCUAAUAACUUCUCCUUCCCUGAUCAUUUACUGUAUGAAAGGUUUGGCCCAGAGGUUCUGAAACGCACUUUAGUCCUGAUCACUCACGGAGACACUUGGGGAAGAAACCACAAGGCAGUUUUUAACAACAGCUCGGCUCUUCGGCAGCUUAUCCAAAACUGUGGAGAAGAUUAUCACAUCUUCAACAACCAGGAGAAAGAAGACCCAACUCAGGUAACGGAACUGCUGAGGAAGAUCGAGGUCUUGAUUCAGAAGAACGGACAGGGGUACUGUACCAUGGAGAUGUUCCAAAGAAAGGGGCAGGAGGCAAGCAGCUGUAACCUCUUAUGAAUAUUAUAGACACUGUUUUUUUUUCUGUUGAUCAUAACUGGAUGUUAUGUGUGAAAUAGUGAAAGUUCACUUUCUGUAAAUGUAAAAGUCUUUACUCUUGUUUCUUUUUAUAGAAAUAUUUCCAAGCUUUGUGUGUAUUUUAUUAUUUAUUUAUAUUAUAUAUACAUAUAGUAUAUUGUUGUG